UAAUACAAAUAUUACUGUUAAAACUUUAGCGUCGUUAAUUUUGUGGCGUAGUGUACCCUCCACAUUGCUGGGUGGCGAUAGUAAACUGAUUCGGAUACAGGCGAGUUCCUGUCUACAGGUGGCAGUAAAGGGCUUUAUUAAAAGCCAAUGAAGAAGAAUAUAGGGCCCCUCUGAAGGAGGAACAACGAAGCAACCUUUUUCCUACGAAGGGCACUUGAUUAUAAGGUUAAGAAUAAGAGCGGAAAAUAAAAAAAAGAUGGAAUUCCAGGAUCAUGCGUACACCAGCACCACUUAUGACAGAGUAAACCCGGUGGAAUUCACGUACAAAAGUAAGCACAUGAGUUCAAAAGAAAUUGAAGACUUUGUGAAGCUCAGGGUUUCAAAUAGUUACCUUUUUUCUGGAAGGAGAAAUGCAUCCAUGUGGGCUUGGAGGGCCAUCCUGUCACAUAUGGGACUGCAACACAAGAUGACCCAUUGUCAAGCAUCCAAAAAAUGGGAAAAUAUGAAGAAGAGAUAUAAGGAGCUAAAGAACCCUCCAGAUGGGGUGAAAGUGUUCCCUGAAACGUGGCCUUAUUUCACCUUAAUGGACAACGCCAUGGAGGGUCGGCUGGAAGGCAAUGCUCCCAUCCUCAAAGCCUUCCCUAGCGAUAAAGACAAUUGCAAUUUCUUAUCCAUCUCUAAACCCAAAAAGAGGAAGUUAUCCAUGGUGUCAUCCCCGACACCUUCAGGAGCUGGUGUACCGGAGAUCAAGGUUUCUCUGAAUGGAGAUGAGGAGGAGGUAGAGGGGGAGGAGGUGCAAAAUGGAAGCAAAGAGAUAAGCCAUGUCAUGCAAGAGGCAGAUGAUGAGAGGAACAUGAUAGACAGUGAAAGGUGCGUGAUGCAAAGGGAGCAACAGGUGAUGUUACGGGAGGUGUUGCAGAGGAAAAGAGUGCUGCUGGAACGAGAGAUCGCCUCUCUGGACCGAGACCGAGCCUCACUGGAGAGGGAGAGGGCAACGAUAGAGAGAGAAAAGGCAGUGAUAGAGAGGGAGAGGAUGAUGGUGGAGAAGGACAAAAAUGCUCUUAGCAGGGACCGACUGGCUUUGGAGCUGGAGAAAGCCAGACUGGAGAGACUUGUUGCACCAAAAGGAAGAACUGAGGAGGUUACAGAAGACAGCAGCAAGGUGACACACUCAGAUGUCACGGACAGGAGGGAGCGGUUACUUUAUUUGUUUGAAAAACUUGUUGAACAUUUUUAAGAAAAGUCUCUCCACAUACAGUGCUUUGGGAAAUAUUUAACUUCAAAUGAUUUUUAUUUUUACUUGGUACGUGUUUUUUAUUCUGUGCAAAACUGCCCUUGAAGAAACAUACAUUUAAUAUUUAUGAGCAUUUUUCUUCUUUGCUGCAUCUACAUGUAGUUCAAGAUCCACAAUAUACUUCAUCUGUUAGUUGUCAAUAAAAUGUUAAUCCACUCCUAGUUCAGAGAGGUCUUCAAAACAACUUUAUUCACUUGUGGUUAUUCCAUACAGAGCACACAAUAGCAAGCUAUUAGCAUUAUUCUUAACCCCAUCCACACCCCACACCCCCCAAAUCAAAAACUAGUCUUUAGUUGAUUGACUCUCUACAUUAGAGUGUUUGGUUUAGGCUAUUGUGCAUGGUCAGAACAUCACUUUUUGAAAUGUGAUAUAACAAAUAUUAUAGUUCAUGUGAAAAAUCUGCUUUCAGAAUAUAUAUUUUUAUAUUACAGUACAGACUUUACAACAAGUGAGUGUGUU